CUGACAGGCACCAAGAGAGAGAGAGACGUUCAACAGCAAGUCGUGAGAUGGAACGACACAAAAAAACGAUAUAUUUUUGCAUUAUUCUUGCAUUGCUUGGCAAUGUAAACUGCGUCCUGAGAACCUACUAUAUUGCAGCUGUAGAAGAAAAGUGGAACUAUGCUCCGACGGGAGUAAAUCAACUAACUGGCGUCUUGUUGGACGAAGAUGAAGCUGCUUCGGUAUUCACAGUGAAUGACCCGACAAAGACAAUCGGACGGGAAUAUAACAAAGUGUUAUAUCGGGGGUGCACCAGUCGGUCUUGCUCAAAAUUCAAAGACCAUCCUCCAUAUCUAGGCGUCCUGGGCCCUGUCAUUCGCGCUGAAGUUGGAGAUAUUAUAAAAGUAUAUUUCAAAAAUCUUGCAAGCAGAAAUUACAGCAUUCAUCCGCAUGGUGUAUUCUACCAGAAGAACUCUGAAGGAGCUUUGUAUGAGGACGGAACUCGUGGUCGUGAUAAGUCAGAUGACGCGGUGCCUCCAAAUGCCUCAUAUACUUACACUUGGAAAGUAAGGAAGGAGCAUGGACCUACGGCGAGUGAUUCAGAUUGUUUGACCUGGGUCUAUCAUUCACAUGUUCAUCCUCAGAAAGACGUCAACACUGGCCUCGUAGGUGCCAUGCUUAUUUGUAAGAAGGGAACGUUCAAGCACAACAAACACAAAAAUAUCGACAAAGAUUUCGUGAUUAUGUUCACUGUUAUGGAUGAAAACGAAAGUUGGUUAUUAGAAAGAAAUAUCGCAGAAUAUUGCCCGCAGUUCAGUUCGUCAAUAGAUGACGAAGAUUUCCAAGAGAGCAACAAAAUGCACGUAAUCAAUGGAUACUUCUAUGGUAACACACCGGGGCUUAAGAUGUGCACUGGAGAUAAGGUAGAUUGGCAUUUGUUUGGCAUGGGGACGGAAGUGGAUAUACAUACAGCUUUCUUUCAUGGUCAGACAGUUCAAAUUGACGGUCAUCGUAAAGACGUUGGUUCCAUGUUUCCUGCCAGAUCAAGCACUGCUCAUAUGACCGCAAUAAAACCAGGUGUAUGGCUGUUUAAUUGCCUGGUCAAUGACCACUACUCAGCUGGAAUGUCCGCUUUAUUCAAUGUAACAAACUGUGAAAAAAAUUACCCAGGAAGGGAAGCGCUGAGUGGUAAAACAAGAAAAUAUUUCAUAGCUGCAGAGGAAGUCAUUUGGGAUUAUGCGCCCUCCGGAAUGGACAAUUUUAAUGGUGGGAAUUUGACAAGUGAAGACAGCAAAGGUCAUGAAUUUUUUGCAAAGUCCGAUAGCUCCAUCGGUGGAAGAUACUGGAAAGCAUUAUUCUUUGAAUAUACAAACGACAGAUUUAUAGAGAGGAAAGAAAAGCCUAAUCACUUAGGGUUUUUGGGCCCGAUUAUCAGAGCUGAAGUUGGGGACACAAUACAAGUAACUUUUAAGAACAUGGCUUCAUAUAACUUCAGCAUCCAACCUCAUGGUGUAAUAUACGACAAAUCAAAUGAAGGUUCAAUGUAUAAAGAUGGCACAUCAAAUUCAGCUAAACGUGAUGAUUCGGUUAGACCAAACGACGUCUUCGUCUAUACCUGGACAAUUCCAAAACACGUUGGACCAACAAAAGACGACCCGAAUUGUCUAACCUGGGUUUAUUCUUCUGCUGUAGAUCCAAUUAAAGAUGUGUAUUCUGGUUUAAUCGGACCACUCUUGGUUUGCAAGAAAGGAUCUUUGGAUGCAGAAGGAAAACAGAAAAGCAUUAGCAAGGAAUUCUUUUUAAUGUUCACUGUUUCAAAUGAGAAUGAAGCUUGGUAUAUUGAAAAGAAUGUAAAUGAAUUUAUCGGCGGAGAAGCAGCGAAAUCAUUUGCUUAUGAUCCGGAGAUAGAGAACAACUUGAUGCACGGGAUUAAUGGCUUCCUCUUUGCUAACCUACCUGGUCUUGAAAUGUGUCUGAAUGAUGACGUAUCCUGGCAUCUCAUUGGUUAUGGUAACGAAGUUGAUAUUCAUGGCGCGUAUUUUCAUGGUCAGACAUUUUUAAUGAAUAAAAAUCGUAAAGAUGCCGUGAAUUUAAUACCCGGAACGUUCGAGACAGUGAAAAUGAAACCAGAUAACCCUGGUGAAUGGGCAGUUGUUUGUCGUACCAAUGACCAUUACGACGCUGGGAUGGUGGCAAAGUUUCGAGUGAAUACUUGUAACAAGGUUCCUUCCUAUUCCGAAUCCAGGAAAACUAGAACAUACUACAUAUCAGCCAUUGAAGAAAAGUGGGAUUAUGGUCCCAGUGGAAAGAACGAAAUAGAAGGAACAGAUUUAGACAAGGAUAAAGAUGCAAUGGAAUAUGCCAAGUCUGGGCAAACAAGAAUAGGACGUGUUUAUCAUAAAGCACUUUAUCGUGAAUACACCGAUGAUACCUUCACAACGAGGAAAGAAAGUCCUGAGUAUCUCGGAUUUCUUGGGCCGAUAUUGCGAGCUGAAGUUGGGGAGUCGAUAAGAGUUGUUUUCAAAAAUCAGGCAUCUAGAAAAUUUUCUGUUCAUCCUCAUGGAGUGUUUUAUGACAAAGAGAACGAAGGAGCAUUGUAUAUUGAUGACACAACAUUGAAAGAUGACGAUGCAGUUCUCCCAGGUCAAACGUAUAUCUACACAUGGAAAGUCCCUGCCAGAGCCGGGCCUACGUCCAGUGAUAAUGAUUGUUUAUCAUGGAUGUAUUACAGUCAUGUCGAGCCGUCGAAGGAUACAAAUUCAGGUCUUGUAGGUCCUUUGAUCAUAUGUAGAAAGGGCACUCUUUCAGAGGAUGGAUCUCGGGCAAAGAAUGCCGAUCAUGAAUAUCCAGUCUAUUUCAGCGUUGUCGAUGAAAACUUGAGUUGGUAUUUGGACAAAAAUAUCGAAGAGUUCACCAACGAUCCCGUUGAUAAGGAGGACGAAGAUUUUAUUGAAAGCAAUAAGAUGAACGGAAUUAAUGGUCGUAUUUACGGUAACCUAGAUGGACUUGAAAUGGUAAAAGGGCAAAAUAUCUUUUGGUAUCUUCUUAGCCUUGGAACAGAAGUUGAUAUGCACAACGUUCAUUUUCAUGGCCAGACAGUUUUAGCUAGAACCACCGCCGAGCACAGAGAAGAUGUUGUUGACUUAUUCCCUGGAGUUUUUAUGACGGUCAAGAUGAUACCAGACAGUAUUGGAAAAUGGUUGUUACAUUGUCACGUGAACGAUCACAUGGUUCAUGGAAUGCAAGUUUUUUAUGAUGUCAAAGAAAAACGGGACAAAUGAUCGAAAAAAAGCAUCACCAUUGACCGGAACCUGGGUGUUAAACAAAAUUUAUUGCUUUCUCCUUUUUUUCUUUUCUAUAUGCUUUAGCGUUUGAUUAUUAUAUCCCUUAAAUAGGAGCAUGAAUGUAUCACUGUAGUCGAAUGAAUCACUGAUGGCAAAAGUAUCUCAAAUACUCUUGCUAUAAUUCAUACUGAGACCGUGGCUUGGCAUGGUAGUUAAUUUAGCAAUAUAGUUUCGUACAUUAAAGUUGAAAUUUGAAACGUAAAAAAACUGAUUAUUUCGAGAGUAUAUGUAGUAUUAGGGAAUAUUUUAAUAAACCACGACAUGCAAAGAAGUAUGGAAUAAAUAAUUUUUAUACCGGGAAAAUGACGUGUACUUA